UCAGGGAGCUCCGUGUAAGAGCGGGUUCAGAGGUCGGUAGAGAAGGGAAGAUGGCGGCGGGGAGCUCCGGGCGGCGCUGAGCUGAUUAUCAGGCCGAUCAGGGGCACUCAGAGGCGGCUGUAGCGCAGACUCUGACCGCGGGCCUCCAGGACGCUGCUCUCUGGGAACGCGGACACUCAUGGCGCUGCUGUACGGCCUGCUGUGGCGGCUGCUGCUGCUUCUGGUCCACGUCAACACGGCGCUGGUCUCCUGGCUCCGUGUCCGCCUGCGGAGCUGGAAGGGCCGGCUGUGGGAGCGGGCAGUGGCCGCUCUGCUGCUGCCGGUCGCUCUGGCGGGGUUCCCGGACCAGCACAAGAAGCUGAACCAUAGCCCCGAUGCUACCGCGAAUCCCGUGACGGGAAACCGCGGCGACGGUCGCCGAGCGCGGUGGCUGUCAGACGGCAAAGCUCUGGAGAAGCUGCCGGUGCACGUCGGCCUGCUGGUGGCCGAAGAGGAGCCCAGUUACUCGGACAUCGCGAACCUGGUGGUGUGGUGCAUGGCGGUCGGCAUCUCCUAUGUCAGCGUCUACGAUAACCACGGUAUCUUCAGGAAGAAUAAUUCUCGUCUGCUGGAGGAGAUUUUACGGCAGCAGAACCUGUUGGGAGUCGACGGAUCCAAAUACAGCGUCGAGUUCCUGAGCAAUGGCACCGACAAACACAACGUUGUGUCCUGCAGACCCACAGUGAAGGUUUUGUCUCCUGAAGAUGGGAAGCAGAGCAUCGUCCAGGCAGCUCAGCAGAUCUGUCGCUCCGUGGAGAACAAAGAGAGGAGCUCCAAAGACAUCAGCGUGUCCAUGUUGGACGUCCUGCUGAGAGAAUCAAAAAAUAUUCCAGAUCCAGACCUGGUGCUGAAGUUUGGACCUGUGAACAGCACUCUGGGAUUCCUGCCAUGGCACAUCCGCCUGACGGAGUUCAUCUCCCUGCCGUCCCACAGAGACGUCUCCUACGACGACGUGUUGGACGCUCUGCAGAGAUACGCCUCCUGCCAGCAGAGACUUGGACAGUGACGAGUCCUCAGACAGUUUAAAGACUCCAGGAGAUGCUGAGGUUCUGCCUGCAGCUCUUUGGUUCUAAAGUCACAUUCCAGAGUUGGACAGAGACACCAGAGGACUGUCUGACUACAAACUCGGUUCUGUCCUCGCUGUCCGUCACUCUGUCCAGCUGCUAUUUCCUGCUGAAGACGCCGUCAGACAGAAGAAUGGAGGCUUUGUGUCCGUCCUGUAAACAGCUCGUCUCAGGCAGGAAGUGGAGGACAGACGGGUCACAUGUGUAAAUAUGGGUCAUGUGUUCAUGUUGGGUUCCAGGUUCUGUUGGACUGAGAGAAUAAAGAUCACCGUCUGCCACUCUGAGAACAUUAA